AUGGCCGGAGGCGACGCGGGCGCGGCCGGCUUCUACGAUGCCGCGCUGCACAAGCGACAGGCCAUGAUGGGCAAGAGCGGUCCCUCGGCCCUGAUCAAGAACUUUCGCGUCUUCCGCGUGGCCGCCUUCGCCUGCAUUGGUGGCGUGCUGUACGGCUACAAUCAAGGCAUGUUCUCGGGCGUCCUUGCCAUGCCAGCGUUCAACAGCCACAUGGGCGAGUACACGACGGACCAGACCAAGAAGGGGUGGUUGACAGCUAUCUUGGAACUCGGCGCCUGGCUUGGCACCCUGCUUUCGGGUUUCCUCGCCGAGGUGCUUUCGAGGAAGUACGGUGUGAUUGUGGCCUGCUGCGUGUUCAUUCUCGGUGUCAUUAUCCAGGCCACGGCGAUCAAUGCUGGACACAAUUCCAUCUUGGCUGGGCGUUUCAUUACUGGUAUGGGUGUUGGCAGCCUCGCCAUGAUCGUUCCCAUCUACAACUCCGAAGUGUCACCCCCUGAAGUGCGUGGAGCACUGGUUGCCACCCAGCAGUUGGCCAUUACCUUCGGCAUCAUGAUCAGCUUCUGGAUCGACUACGGCACCAACUACAUCGGCGGCACCGGAGAUACCCAGUCUGACGCAGCCUGGCUGGUCCCCAUCUGCCUGCAACUCGCGCCGGCACUCAUCCUGCUCGUCGGCAUGAUCUUCAUGCCCUUCUCGCCUCGUUGGCUGGUUCACCACGGACGCGACGACGAAGCCCGCAAGGUUCUGUGCAGCCUCCGCGGCCUGCCACCUGACCACGAGCUGGUCGAGAUUGAGUUCCUCGAGAUCAAGGCCCAGUCACUCUUCGAGAAGCGUACCGUCGCCGAGCUCUUCCCCAACCUGCGCGAACCGACCGCCUGGAACAUCUUCAAACUCCAAUUCGUCUCCAUCGGAAAGCUCUUCCAAACAAAGGCCAUGUUCAAGCGGGUUAUCGUUGCGUCUGUGACCAUGUUCUUUCAGCAGUGGACCGGUAUCAACGCCGUGCUGUACUACGCCCCCUUCAUUUUCCAACAGCUGGGCAUGAACGAGAACACCAAGUCUCUCCUCGCGACCGGCGUCGUGGGCAUCGUCAUGUUCCUCGCGACCAUCCCCGCGGUCCUCUGGAUCGACCGCGUCGGCCGCAAGCCCGUCCUCACUAUCGGUGCGCUCGGCAUGGCCACUUGCCACAUCAUCAUAGCUGUCAUCGUGGCCAAGAACAUCAACAACUGGCACGAGCACGUUGCGGCGGGCUGGGCAGCCGUGUGCAUGGUCUGGCUGUUCGUCAUCCACUUCGGCUACUCGUGGGGCCCCUGCGCGUGGAUCAUCGUGGCCGAGAUUUGGCCGCUCAGCACGCGGCCCUACGGCGUGGCGCUGGGCGCGUCGAGCAACUGGAUGAACAACUUCAUUGUUGGGCAGGUCACGCCCGACAUGCUGGACGGCAUCACAUACGGCACCUACAUUCUCUUUGGUUUGCUGACGUACAUGGGUGCCGCUUUCAUCUGGUUCUUUGUGCCCGAGACCAAGCGGCUGACGCUCGAGGAGAUGGAUGUCCUCUUUGGCUCCGAAGGCACCGCCCAGGCGGACUUUGAGCGCAUGGCGGAGAUUAAUACCGAGAUCGGCCUCACCCAGCUCCUGAACGGCGGCGAUGGCGUCAUUGGGGGCGUCAUUGGUGGCACAUCCGGGUCUGAUGCUGAGAAGUCCAAGCUUGGCGAGCACACGGAGAAGGUUUAA